GAGCUCCUCUCACUGCAAAUCCCCUCGCCGCUAGCCUCUCCAUAAUCCCGGUGCCGAGUUCUAUUCCUCUUCAUCUCUUGUCUUGUCUCCGAUCUCACACUCCUCCGGCGUUAGAAACAAGCUUCGUUCACUUCACUCUCCCUCUUGGUUUCAACAGCAACCAUAUCAAUGGCAGGUGGAUCAGUCGCCGCUGGUCGCAGCGGAGUCAGAGUCGUCGUUGUCGGAGACCGCGGCACCGGAAAAUCCAGCCUUAUAUCCGCCGUUGCUUCCGAUUCCUUCCCUGAGUAUGUCUCACCCGUUCUUCCUCCCACUCGCCUCCCUGCUGACUUCUUUCCCGAUCGCAUCCCGGUCACCAUCGUUGAUACCUCCUCCAGUGUGGAGAGUAGAGGAAAGCUUGUUGAAGAGUUGAAGCGUGCUGAUGCAGUGGUAUUAACAUAUGCAUGUGAUGAUUCAUUGACACUUACUCGUCUGAAUACCUUUUGGCUUCCUGAGCUUCGUCGCCUAGAGAUCAAGGCUUCGGUGAUUGUGGUUGGAUGCAAGCUAGAUUUGCGAGAUGAGCGUCAGCCAAUGAGCUUGGAGCAGGUCAUGGGACCUAUCAUGCAACAGUACAGGGAGAUUGAGACUUGUAUAGAAUGCUCAGCGGCUACACUAAUUCAGGUCCCUGAUGUUUUCUAUUAUGCUCAGAAGGCUGUACUUCAUCCAACGGCCCCAUUGUUUGACCAAGAAAGACAAUGUUUGAAACCACGGUGUAUCAGGGCACUGAAACGUAUAUUUGUUCUUUGUGAUCAUGACAUGGAUGGUGCUAUUAGUGACUCAGAGUUGAACGAAUUUCAGGUCAAAUGUUUUAAUGCUCCAUUACAACCUGCUGAGAUUGUGGGUGUUAAAAGGGUGGUUGAAGAGAGGAUACAAGGAGGGGUCAACGAUCUUGGUCUUACCCUGGAAGGCUUCCUAUUUCUUCAUGCUCUUUUUAUAGAAAAAGGGCGUCUUGAGACAACUUGGGCUGUACUGAGAAAAUUUGGAUAUGAUGAUCAUUUAAAGCUCAGGGAUGAUAUUCUUCAGGCUCCAACUAAGCAUGCUCCUGAUCAGAGCGUGGAGCUAACCAGUGAAGCUGUGGAAUUUCUGCGUGGUAUCUUCCGACUAUACGACCUUGAUAAUGAUGGAUCCUUGCAACCAGCUGAACUUGAUAAUGUAUUUGUAACUGCACCAGAAAGUCCAUGGGGUGAGGCUCCUUAUGCCAAUGCUGCCGAGACAACAGCUCAAGGGAGUAUAACUCUUAAUGGGUUUCUAUCUGAGUGGGCCCUGAUGACAGCUUUGAAUCCAACUUAUAGUUUGGCUAAUUUGAUAUACAUUGGAUAUGGCCGGGAUGCUGCUUCAGCACUUCGUCUUACUAGGAGAGGAUCUGUUGAUCACAAGAAGCAACAAACAGAAAGAAAUGUUUUCCGCUGCUUUGUUUUUGGUCCCCAAAAGGCUGGAAAGUCUGCUUUGUUGAAUUCAUUUUUAGGAAGGCCUUUCUCUAACAACUAUUCUCCAACAACUGCUGAAUGUUAUGCUACAAAUGUUGUCGAGCAGCUUAGGGGUACUCAGAAGACACUUAUUUUGCAAGAGAUCCCAGAAGAUGGGGUUAAGAAGUUCCUUUCUAGUAGGGAAUCAUUAGCCGCCUGUAAUGUAGCCCUAUUUGUCUUUGACAGGUAAAACUAACACCAUUUGAUUUUUCAGGUGUUGCAACUUUAAUACUGCAAUUUUUUUUAUUUUUUUAUUUUUUUGUCAUAGUUUAAUUUGUGUGGGAUUAGUGCUUGUUAGUUUUGUUUUUAUUUUAUGAAUGAUGGUUAUUUUUGUUUAUUAGGUUUCAAUAUUUUUCUUCCUCACCCUACUUUUUGUCUAUAUAAUUUUUUUGUGUUGUGUGUUUGUGCUUAACUGACAGAUCUUGGGUAUGUGAAAAUUGAACCGUGGUGAGGACUUGAACAGCUAUUCAAAUCUAUUGGUUUUUUAGUAAAUUCCUGUCAUGCUAUUCUCAUUAGAAAAACAGAUAUCAUGACUCACAUUAAACUGCUAUUUCCAGUUCUGAUGAAUAUUCAUGGAAAAGAUCAAGGGAACUGCUUCUGGAUGUUGCUAGGCAUGGAGAGGAAAGUGGCUAUGGGGUGCCUUGCCUCUUGAUUGCAGCCAAAGAUGAUCUGGAUCCAUUUCCAAUGGCACUACAAAAUGCAGCAAGAGUCACUCAGCAGAUGGGAAUGGAUGCUCCUAUUUCCAUAAGCGUGAAACUAAGAGAUUCAAAAAGCCUAUUCUCUAAAAUCGUAAGCACAGCUGAACACCCUCAUAUGAGCAUUCCUGAAACUGCGACUGGGAAGAAAAGGAAGCAACAUCGCCACCUUGUUCAAAGCUCACUCAUGUUUGUUUCAGUGGGAGCUGCUGUUGCUGUUGUGGGUGUGGCAGCAUAUCGUGCCUAUGCUGCAAGGAAGAACUCUUGAAUGGGUAAGAGGUUGUCAAAGUGGACAGAUGCAAAUUUUGGCUCUACUAGCGAAAUAAAUGGUGGGUUUUUCUUGGAUGAACAAAAUUUCCACAUUUAAUCCUUGCCUGUGUAUAACUAUUUUUUGAUAUUGUUGGGGAGUAAAGUUUCCCCCCUGCUUCCCCCCUUCUACUCUUUGGGGUUAUUUAUCUAUUUUUACACCUUAAUAUUACAACCAAAAAAAAAAAAAGUAAAAGUAAGAUUUUUAU